UUAAAAAAAUAAAAAUCUGAUCUAUUAUUAAAGCAAAUCAAAAAUCCUCAAAAAAUUCACAAUCUUUCAUACAAUCAUAACUUCAUAAUCAAGGUGAUCACCAAGAUUUACCAACAUUAAUGAAAUCUUCCUAAACAUUCACAAUAUAUAACUUCAUCCACCGCUUCAUUUUUUUUCCUCCUCUUCAACUAAACAAACACAAAAAAAGACUAAAAAAGAAGAUGAGGUUUCUCUUUGAAUGUGUAACUUGUUGCACCAUGAUAAACCCUUCUUCUUCUUCUAAUGAUGAAGAGGAGCCUACGUCUCCUCCGACCCCGAGGACGGAGGAGACACGCUCCCUUGUUAACCGACGUCGUAAACGAGCCCCUACUAGGAGCUCCUCGGCCGAUUGGAAGCCAUCCCUUUUUCCUAUAUCGGAGGAAUCCGCCGUCUCGGUGACUUUGCAAAAGCCGGUUAACCGGAAACCGGCGUCUCCGAGGACUUCCAAGCGGUGUGGUUCGUCCUCGGUCGAGGUCAAUGCUCGUUCUCGCUCCUAUGAUAAUUUUGGCCGAGAACCUCUUCCGAUGGUGUUCCCAGCCUUCUCUGCAGCUCCUUUCAUGUUUUGAUCGUAAUCAUCCGCUUUGUAUUUUAAUUACCUUGUGAGAUCUGUAAUUAAGUGAAUUUGCUGGAUGAAUAGCAGCUACUGUUCUCCUUCCAUUUGUGAAUAUGUCAAGCAGUUUUCUUUGCUUAUUUGAGGAAAGUUAAUUA